AUGUCCUCAGCACAGCCAGACAGAACUUCAAGCUGUACCACCGAACCAGUCUCUGCCCAGAAUCAGACUCCCACCAAUUACCAGUUCGAAUACCUCUUUGCCAUCCACGACGAGCUGAUCAACCUCCUUUCCGCCUGCAAAACCCGCACAGAACGAGAAAUCAGCUACUUCGUCGCAGCAAUAACAAUUGUUCUCGACACAAAAGACUUUUAUAUACAAAUGCCUAUCAGGGCCAUGAUCGACAAAGUCUACGCUCGCAGUCAUGACCUGACGCUUGAAGAGGUCACUUUCUUGAUCGACCAAUACGAGAAAGUGGUUGUGGCGUUUCAGAGCUUCAACGAUGAUCCUAUUGUUCGUGGAGCUCUUGGUAUUGUCCAGGCGUGGAAAUAA